GCCUUUUGUUUCUAGGAUGCUUUGGCGGCCUUUUGCUUCCCUCUGGUUUUAAUUUUGGGAGGAGGAAAGCUAAUGAAUCAAGAAUGAAUCUUCUCUCCACUCAUCUGUUUCUCCUCUCUGCCCUUAAAGUUGAGGUUUUCUUCACAAGCUCCGAAACUACCCAAGAAGUCCGGGGGCGGGACAGGAGCCCUCCUUAGGGUGAAUUCCAGGAGAUCCGCCAGCGGUGUUCGCUCCUGUUCAAGGUCGCACAGCGGAGCCAGCGCGCAGAGCCGACAAAGGGGGCGAGGAGGUGCCAACAGGGGGCGGCGGCCAGAAGAGCCGGAGGAGGAGCGCGGAGCCAACUCCGGACCCGCCGUGCGUACUUUCGGGAGGGAAGGGGCGGGGGCAGCGGCCCCGGGAGGGGAAAGCCAGUUGGCUACGGGGUUAGACGAGUUCCGGCCGCCGCUUCCCUCUUUCGUUCCCACGGGAGGAAAGUUUUCUCCAGACGUUUCCGGCCGGUCCGCGCCUUCUGGGUCCUGCCUGCCGAGCCUUCGGAGCGGGCGCCGUCCCGGCCCAGCUCCGGGGAGACCCGAGCCGCGAUGCCUGCAGGGUGCACUCGGGGCCCCGCCGCCGGAGACGGGAGGCUGCGGCUGGCACGCCUGGCGCUGGUCCUCUUGGGUUGGGUCUCCUCGUCCUCUCUCACCUCGUCGGCGUCCUUCUCCACCUCCUCGGCGUCGGCCGUGUCCGCCCAGCCCCCGCCGCCAGGCCUAUGCCCUCCGCAGUGCGAGUGCUCCGAGGCGGCGCGCACUGUCAAGUGUGUGAACCGCAACCUGACCGAGGUGCCGGCCGACCUGCCCACCUACGUGCGCAACCUCUUCCUCACCGGCAACCAGCUGUCGGUGCUCCCCGCCGGCGCCUUCGCCCGCCAGCCGCCGCUGGCCGACCUGGCUGCGCUCAACCUCAGCGGCAGCGGGCUGGGGGAGGUGAGCCCCGGCGCCUUCGAGCAUCUGCCCAGCCUGCGCCAGCUCGAUCUCAGCCACAACCCGCUGGCCAGACUGAGCUCCAACGCCUUCUCGGGCAGCGGCAAUGCCAGCAUCGUGCCCCCCAGUCCUCUGGUGGAACUGAUCCUGAACCACAUCGUGCCCCUGCGGAUGAACGAGAGCCGGAGCUUUGAGGGUGUGGUGGCCGCUGCCCUGCAAGCGGGUCAGGCGCUGCGGGAGCUCCGCCGCCUGGAGCUGGCCAGCAACCACUUCCUCUACCUGCCGCGGAACGCGCUGGCCCAUCUGCCCAGCCUCAGGCACCUGGACCUGCGCAACAACUCGCUAGUGAGCCUGACCUACCUGUCUUUUCGCAACCUGACACACCUGGAAAGCCUCCACUUGGAGGACAAUGCCCUCAAGGUGCUUCAUAAUGGCACCCUGGCCGAAUGGCAGGGCCUGGCACAUGUCAAAGUCUUCCUGGACAGCAAUCCCUGGGUCUGCGACUGUCACAUGACUGACAUGGUGGCCUGGCUCAAGGAGACGGAGGUAGUGCAGGAUAAAAACAGGCUUACCUGUGCGUACCCGGAAAAAAUGAGGCAUCGUGUCCUCUUGGAACUCAACAGCUCCGACCUGGACUGUGACCCUAUCCUCCCUCCUUCUCUGCAAACUUCUUAUGUCUUCCUGGGUAUUGUUUUAGCCCUGAUAGGUGCCAUUUUCCUACUGGUUUUGUAUUUGAACCGCAAGGGGAUAAAAAAGUGGAUGCAUAACAUCAGAGAUGCCUGCAGGGAUCACAUGGAAGGGUACCACUACAGAUAUGAAAUCAAUGCAGACCCUAGGUUAACAAACCUCAGUUCUAAUUCCGAUGUCUGAGAAACAUUGGCAAAAGAACGAGGACAACUGUGCAUGAGAUGUCGUAGACUUAAGCUUUAUCCCAUCCCGUGCUUGUUCCAUCUCUUACCCUCUUCUAGACACCACUGAUCUUGACUGAAAGCAAUGAGGGAGUAUUGUUCCCUUGUCAUGUAGUUUCUUGGUGUGUUCUGUUAAUGUAAGACUGGACAACUGUGCAAAGUGUUUUCCUCUCUUCCUUGGAACUCCUCAACGCGAAUGGAGGGAUUUUUUUUUUUUUCCAAGUUUCAGCAUGAACAUGGACUCCUUGCUGUCUGUUUCUCUUAGGUUCAAGGUGUAGCCAGUGUACUCAUACAGAUAGCAUUCAACAAAAGCUGCCUCAACUUUUCUGAGAAAAAAAAAAUUUUAUUCCUAAGUAUCCAUUUUAUGUAUCUGGAUUGUGGAGGAAAUGAUUGCAUUCCAUAAACUGCCUGCAGACCUUAGCAAGCUCUUCAAAGUAACUCCAUAGUUAGUACCCAGGAGCUCCUGCAUCCGAGAGCAUGCUUACAUUUUACUGUUCUGCAUAUUACAAAGAAUAAUUUGCAACUUCAGAUGACUUCUCUGACAAAGUAAAUUCUUUUUUUUUUUUGCUUGCAGUUUAUAUGAAACUACUAAAGUUUUUAAAUAAACUGCAUCAAGAUCCAACAGACUAAAUUGUUAAAAAAAAAAGUUCAAUAAAGAUUCUUAAAAGAA